AUGAUGCAAUUCACGCAGGAUCUCGAGAGGGCGCUGGAGGCCGAUCCCAACAUGCCACUCUCGAGAGGCAAGCUUGCAAUCCCCUUCGUUGGGAAAGAUGUGCCGUCCCCGACAAAUGAGUUUGCUCACCCAGACAUUGUGAUCGGCCUGACCAUCCUGGGGUAUCGCUACGAGUACCUUCGCCUGACUGACAUUGACGAGGUCAUCGUCCGGCUUCUAAACGAUGUUCGAAAGGAGCCCGGGAGACAGCAGGAUCGGCCAUCUGCGGUCCUCUACCGCGGAUGGGUCACUGAGGCCGGUGGCCAUAUUUGUGACCCAUCGGUGCCGAACACUGAGAAGGUGGACAUCGGUAAAGGUGUUCCGCCGCUGGCUCUGCUGCAACGCUCCAAUGAUACUCAGAUGAGGGACGUCUUCAAGCUCCUGCGCAGCUCCACUUCCGUGAUCCAAUGGUACUUGGAGCAGCUGGUCUUCCCAAAGUACAUGAGGUUCCAGAACAAGAAGCUCUCAGCAAGUGGACAGGAGCUUGGGGCGGAGAUGCUCUUCGCACGUCGCGUCGGCUUCAGUGGCACCCCCACAGAGCUGCUUCCCAAAGGGCUUGGCCGCUGCCACUUCGCGCCGGGUGAUGACGCUGCGAUGUUUACGACCCUCACCGAUCCGGUGGUCAUGAGCUUCAAGCAGAUCGACGGCCAGUGGAAAGUGAACACCCUGCUGGAGAAUGUGGUAGCUGAGGACGUAGAGGCUCUCAUCGACACCGGGGCCUUGAUCACUGGCAUGUCGAAUCUGGAGGUGGCACAGUUCCUGGCCGGCCAUAAAGAUUUCAAGAAGUCGGCUGUUGUGUAUCUGAACGAAGCCGAUGCAAAGAUGGUGUAUGUUCGAAAGACGAAAUCCACGAUGAAGCUCGAGGACUGCGGCAUUCCCUUGUCCGAGCGCUUUGCUUUCUACGACCAGGUGCACACCACUGGAAUGGACAUCCAGCACAAGCCGGAUGCACGCGCCGUGCUCACUUUGGGCAAGGACAUGGUUUGGAGGGACUACUGCCAGGGUGCCUACCGCAUGCGUGGCAUCAAUCGUGGCCAGCGCGUCGUGGUCUAUGCCAUUCCGGAGGUCGCGAAGCUCAUCGACACAUCCCUUGUGGGUGUGAAUCUCAAUGCUGAGACGCUGAGGGUUCCUCUCGUGCGCGUGGUGGCCUGGCUUGUGCUGAACGGGCUCCGGUCCGAGCGUGUUCAAGCAGGGAUGCUGAGGUCUCAAGACUCACAUACGCUGUGGCGAAGGCCGGCGUAUGCCUGGCUGCAAGAUCACUCGGAGGAGGCCAGCGGCGAGGAGGCGAAGAAGCAUCUUGACGUGUUCGAGGAGCCCCUGGACUUAGAUCUGGCAUCGACCAUCCCGAGGCCCAAGAGCUUGGCAGAAGCCAUCGAGGAGCGAGCGAAGGACAAGGAAUGGCUCCUUGGCAAAGAGCAGCUGGCGGAGCUCCAGCGCCUCGUUGGCGUCUCUGCGGAGUCGGAGCAGGUGACCGUCAGCACUGCAGACCAGGAACAGCAGCAAGAGCAGGAGCAGGAGCAGGAACAGGAACAGGAGAUCGAGAUUGAGAAGUUCGCAGACUUAGGUUUCCAGCGAGACGGAGAGAGGCCGCUGUCCUGGAGCUACGAGCUCCUCACGCAGGGCCGCGAGGCCGCGGUCGGCCUGGAUCGUGAGCGACCCUUCUACGAGGCCAAGAACUUCCAGCUGUACAAGAAGCAGCCCUUGAACUUCCCUGAGGAUUUGCUGCUCAGCCGGAACUACUUCAACCGCUAUUGGCUUGGCCACCGUCGGCUGAAGAAUGCUGUGAUGAUGUUGGAGUGGAUCCCUCGUGUCGGCGAGCUCAAGGAGCAAGCGCGUGAGGCCUGGACUAGCGACGAGGAGGCGCAGCUUCUGGACAUUUGGAGCCUGCUGACCAAGGACACUGCCAAGGACAAGCCGACAGACCAGGCUCUCGGGUAUGCAUCCAUUGCAGAGGCUGCCGCACAACAGAAUCCUCAGGCAGUCGUCCAGAUGCUGUCGCAGGGCCACAAAGCAGAGUAUCAGGACUCUGAUGGCAACACAGCUCUCCACCAUGCUGUGUGGUUCAGGCUAGAUUCACUGCUCACCCCGUUACUGGAACGAGGGGCACGACCAGACAUUCCCAACAAUUCCGGAGAAUGUGCGAUACACUGGGCUGCGAACUCUAGCAAUGUCAUAGCUUUGGAUGCGAUGACGAAGGCCAACCGAGCUCUUCUCUCGAUACGCAACCAUGAUGGCUUCACUGCCUUCCUUUUGUCCGCGCAGUCGGACAAUUGCCCCGUGAUGGAGUGGCUGUACCUCAAAGGUGUCGGCUUGGAAGAGCAGGACGACUGCGGCAGAACUGCCCUGCAAUGGGCCUGCCACAAAGGCAACAAGAAGACAGUCCAGUGGUUGCUCUCGCGAUCUGCCAGCAUCGUUCACCGAGAUGGAGAAGGCAUGACAGCACUUCACCAGGCAGUUUUGCAAGGACACACACUGGUCGUGGAAAUGCUCAUGGAAGUCGGGGCUGUGCACCUCUUAGAUGUCCCAGAUAACGCUGGCAAAACUCCGAUUGAACUCGCAAUGCGGCAGGGGAAGAGGCCCUUGGUGCUUGCCUUCCGCAAGUGCCAGGUCUUUAACUUUCUGUUCGGGCGGCCACACAUUUUCCAGACUAACUACGCAGGUCUCUUCGUGUGCUGCGCUGUCUACAACAUCAUCAUCUUUGCUUUCGUCAUAGCGCCGGGAAUUGCAGCUAGGAAUCCUGAAGCCGUCCUAAUAUGGUCGAUGCUCAUGGGGUUGUCUCUGCUGCUUUGGGUGCAGUGCCUGUUCUCGGAUCCUGGCUGGCUUCAGCCACGGACCAUACACUCCCAGAAUCACCUGCUGGGCGACGAUCCCGCAAGGGCGUUUGAUGUUGAGCAACCGAUCGAGUCGCAGAUGGCUCACUGUGACAGCGUUCUUCAGCAUCUGACCUGGACAUGCGACGGCGAGAUCCCGGAGGUCACGAAGCUGGAGCUAGAGCAGAACAAGUACAACUAUCAGCGCCACCUUCUCCAAGAAGCACAGAAACGACUCGAGGAAGGCUGUGGCCUCCGUGACCCUCGAAGCCCAGCCUUGGGCGAAUCGCAGCCCCUGAUUGCUUCAAAUUUCAUUGAUGGCGGUCCCGGCAGGCCCAAUUGGACAGAGCAACUGUGGCUCUACACGAGCGCGAACGUGCUGCAGUAG